AUGUCAGAUCCAUCCGCCUACUCAUACCCAUCUCCAUUGGAGGGGUACGAAAACCUCGAGCCACUGUCCGACGAGCGCGCCGAAGACGGCAAGUCAUUUAAGAACCCUCAAAAUGGCGUGUUGAGCAAAGCCUACUCGGAAUUCCCAGACCCUCUUUCCAAAGGCCGAGAGGGAGGCUUCGACGUCCACAUCUAUCAUUUCCAAAACAACCCUGACCAAGCCGCAUUUGCUAAAGCGCUCUGGGAACGAAUUAGACGAGAAUUCCCCGAGCUUCGGAUUUAUACUUUCUUCGACCGCCCUAUUGGCCCUCACCCGGUAGCAAUGUUCGAAGUGAAUUUGUUCACACCUGCGCAGUUUGGAGCUUUCGUUCCUUGGUUGGUUAUCAAUCGGGGUCCGCUUAGUGCUCUCAUUCAUCCCAAUACAGUGGCCUCAGAGGAUAAGCGUAAUCAUACCCAACGCGCGACUUGGCUUGGUGAUCGGAUUCCGUUGGAUUUGAGGGGUUUUAACAAGAAGUGA